UGACUGUUUACUUUUUGAUUCCUAUCUGUCGUAUCUGCUGGAAAUGCACAAGGAGCUGUCAAGCAGGUCUUCAGAUGAGACUUUGGAUCUGGUCAAGCGUGGGGUCGUAUCGUUGAGACAGGCUGCGACGGAGAGGGUUCGAAAUGGGAGUGCUCAGGAACUGGACCUUGAGGAGAUACGUGCACGGAUUCGAGGGUUGACAAAACAAAGAGGAACGAUUGGUUAUAUGUCGAAGCGCAUUGUCGAAGUGUACAUGUCAAGACAGGGAAUGCAGAGCUUAGAUUCACCUGCGGGAGCACCCUGAAAUCACUCCUGUCCCAUCGAAUCUGCACACGAGCGCAACACUCGACAGGUGGCUGCACAAGCAGCGUU